AUGUCGACCACCCGCAAGCCCCAGCACAACUCUGUCUCCAUCCGUCUCACCGAACCCGUCGUCUUCCUUCGCGGCGGCGAUAUCACCGGCAGGCAGCGUCCCGCGUCCAGCAAUGCGCCACCUGCUAUGGUUCGAGGAUUGCUCGUGCUGGAUAUUGUGAAGCCGACGAGGAUCACGAGCAUCGAGGUUGAAUUAGUGGGAAAGUCGGAGACGGCCUGGCCCGAAGGCGUCGGUGCGCGCCGGAUCGAAGUAACGGAAGAGCACAAGAUAUUCUCCGCCUCCACGGUCUUCUUCCGCGCCGGCUCCGAGCCCAGCACCGCAGCAUCUCGCCGGACCAUGUCCCUGGGUCCGGGAGUUCACGCACUGCAUGAGGACGAAUACGCGGUGGACGAUUCAGACAGCGACAGCGAACUGCGCGGGACGUCUACCCCCACGCGCGACUCCCCCCAUCGAAGGACCAGGAGACGCAUCAGCGCCGAUCAGUCUAUCUUCCAGUCCGAGUUUGUGUCCCACCAAGCAGAGAACGUCUCGGUGCCUCCUACGCCGCCGUACAGCCCCUCGACGCCUACGACCGUUAUAUCGGAGGCCCCUACGCCGUUCACUCUCAGCCCAAGAAACUCCGUUUUCCACUCUCAGCAUAUAGCGUCUCCCGCACGUGCAGAUGAGAACCCCGGACAAGUGCUCGAGGAAUCGCGCAACGCGCUCCUCAUGGGUUUGGGAUCGACUCGCACGGGUUCUCGUACCCCGCUCGAAUCGAGGGCGUCGAGCAUCAGGUCCAUUUCUCCCACGCAACGCCGCGCCCGCGGUGGAGAUGGCUCGGACGCCGAGCGCUCCCCUGCGCACUCUCGCAGACCCUCGAUGGAACAGCGGAGGCCGUCCUUUGAGCAGCCGCGAAUCAACGGACGCGGGUUGUCGCCUAUGCCCACCGAAGCUCCGAUCGAAGAGGAGCAGCGACGCGGUCGGAACAAGUCGCGCUUCAGUCUGAACGCCAUGCUCGGCACGCUCAAGGAGCGCGUCGCGGGCCACAGCCGAUCUACUUCGCGCGCGGUGGAGAGGAGCGUCGACCGGGAUCAGGGCUAUGAGCGUGGACGCACGCUGGAGAUACUCGAGAAGAGCUCGGGAAAGAAGAAGGCGCGCUCGCCUAGCGAAGAACGUGGACACGGAUGGAAGGAGUUCCGCAAAGGCACAUACACGUACCCGAUUUCGUUUGCCGUCCCGGCCAACUCGCCGCCGACUAUCCACGCCGCGUUCGGCUCCGUCACCUGGCGCCUCAAGGCGCAGGUCCAUCGGCCUGGCACGUUCAAGAGCAAGCUGACCGCGAGCAAGUACUUGAGCCUCGUCGCGUGUCCUGGGGAGGAGGAUAUGGAGGACCAGGAUAGUAUCGUAGUCCAGAGGCAGUGGGACACCCAGCUGCAGUAUCUGAUCACUGUCUCGGGGCGGACGUUCUUCAUCGGAGGAUCAAUGCCCAUUCAUAUUACCCUCAUGCCGCUGGCGAAGGUAAAGGUGCACCGGGUAUCAGUUUUCUUAGAUGAGCGCGUUGAUUAUCUGACCCAAAUGAAACGUGUCGCCCGAAGUGACCAGCCCUCUCGCACGACUCUUCUCGCCCUCAAGCACCCAGACUCCGCGCACGGGUCUCAACCCAUCCUGCCGCUCUCUGGCGAACUCGCGAAGGAAUUCAAGCGCUCGCCGCUGUCCUCCAUCGUCGAUCCGAACGCCGUCGACAUCGACGAGCUCGCGUCGUCCUACAUGGGACCCGGCCCGUGGGAUAUCGAUUGCUCGCUCACCCUUCCCGACUCGUGCGAGCAGCUUCACUUUACAACGAAGAACCGGCAGAGCAAUAUCUCCAUCAGCCACACGCUCAAGAUUGUAUUCAGGGUGGAGAGGGGCGACGACCAGUUUGUGGACCAUAAGACCGGGAAACGGAAGCUGUUCGACAUCGUCGUGCAGAUGCCGGUCCACAUCUUAUCGUGUCUCUGCGGACCGGAAAUGACCUCGCUCCCGCGAUACACCGAGCUUUUCAGAGGCAGCGGAGCCUUGACGCCUUCAUGUCGUUGUCACCAGCCCAGAAGGAUCGGUGCUCGACCGCCCGCGCUGCCUCGCCAUGGGUCUGACGAAUCCGUUGCGACGGUUGCUUCGUCUGCGUCAGACUCGCCGCAAGCGACAAGCGAGCAAUUCGAGCGACUCGUCGCUGGGAGGGUCACGGAGGAGGGCGAGGCGCCGCCUUCGUAUGAGGUCGCCGUCGGCGGCACGCCAGAUGCAAGCAGGACCGCGCAUUAG